UAGGAGCCCUGAUGGAGUACGCUGUGAUCCUACUGUUGCUCAAGAAACGCAGAAAACCUCGUCGCACGAUUGACGAAGGAUUAAAAACACUGUUUAACGGAGAUGCGAACCAAACCCGGAGAAAGUACGGAGUGGGUCCGGAGCGUGGAGAAAGUGAACCGGAGACGGAACCCAAUGGAAUCCAUCUUGAUGUGGUUGAUUUAUCCCGACCUCAGGACCCUGCUCAACCCCCUCCUCCUCCUCCUCCUAGACCCUGUAGUAAUACAACACAACUUCUCCAGCUUUCCUCCGAGGGCUAUUACACCGCUGAAUAUAAGGGAGACACGUUGAGUGCACACAAGCGCGCGCUGUGUGACAAUAUAGACGCGUGGACGAUGUGGCUCUCCCCUCCCAUCUUCCUCAUCUUCAACCUCGUGUACUGGAUCGCCUACAGGCACGUGGAAACUGCCAGCCUAGAGUACGUGGACUAGGGGUUAGAUAGAGAGAAUCUAGGGGGUAUAUCAGCAAUGCAGUUUAAGCAGGAUCCUAUCAUUAUUUAUAAACCUUUUUUUCUGUAAAACCACAGAUUACUCAGAUUGAACUGUAUAAAUUUUAUGCUAGUUUAGGUCUUUUACUUUCGGAAAUUUUAAACCUCCAUUGGUGUAAUUUUCUGCAUUCAUUAACGCUUCAAUUUCACAAACUAAAAUAAGCACAUUUUGGGGAUUUUUCCCUAUACUCCUUCAUUACUGAAUACACAAGUACUUUGAAUUUUUAAAACUUACGUUUUAAAGAAAAAAGUUUAAGAGGGUUUAAGUCUCGUUAUUUGAUGCAUGGUGUUUAUAGUUGUGUAGUAGAAUAGUAAAAACCAGAAUAGGAUGACGACUUUGAGACUCAAUUUAUGACUUUAUUUAGUCCAAAGAACAUGAGACACAGCAAUUGCAGUGUAAUCAGACCCAUUUCACUAAAUAAGUGAUUUAAUAACGUACUAUAGAAAAACUAUUUGCUUUUUAUCACUAUGAAAAGCACUUAAGUUUUGCUUUUAUGUCGUCUUCCUAUUCUACAGCUUUUUGAUAAUCCAUUGUAUAAACUGCAGUAAAUGGGUUGGGGAAGGAAGUAAAGACCGUAAAAAAAAGUUGUUUAACCCAAAAAUUAUCUAUCUUGUAUCUAUCUAAGUAAUCUGUGUUUAAAACCUUUAUAACAAUAACAUGGAGAUCUAUUGAACUCAAGCAUUAAAAGAUGGAACGAGUCAAUUUAAAAACUGUAAAGCUUUGAUUUUUCUAAAUCAUUUCAAUUAAGGGUUAACGUCUAAUAUUGUACAUUUAACCAGGCAUUAUGUUGUACAGUUCAGUACAAUUUAAAGUAAAAUUUACUACUAAAGGGACUGUCGACGAAAUUGCAAGUGACCCUCAAAUUAAAGAGACACAUGACUGAUUUGAAAUGCUAUGAUGGAAAUAUCUAUUUGAGCAGGAAUGAGCCUGAUAUCGUCGUUUUCAUUGUUUCUGUUGUGCAUUUAAAUCCAAUAGUCACAUAUAAAGAUAAAUCCCAAUUGGAAAAAAAUAUCAAUUUGGGAUCUGUAUAAUUAUAAUUAUACAGUUGUAACCUUGUGAAUGGAUCGUAUUCAUCUUUAUUUUAAAGUUCACUUGAAAUUACAACAUCAGUCCCUUAAAGUACAUUAUAUAAAUAUAUUCAACAAUCUGAAUUAUAGAAACGUUUUUAUUUAUUCUGUGAUACCACAUUCUACUUAACCUUACCUUUUAUUAAUUAAAGAAAGGACAUCUCUAAGAAUUUUAUCAUUGAAACCCUAACCAGUGUUGAUGUAAUAAGCGACUUUAAAGGAAUUUGUUCUUUGUCACAAACUCUCUAUAUCUUUGCAACCCAAUGUCGCAGACCCUGAAUAUUUCAAACUAUUAAUUCCUUU